UCACAGAACGGAACCCACUUCCACCAGUCCCUGUCAGAGCUCGCUUGGUCAAACAUUGACACCUACUGGCUGUCUACAGGAAAUGCAUUGGACUUCUGAUGUCCCCCAAAAAAACUCUCAACCGCACUCACAAGUAUGUCUAUUUUCUCCGAUUUCCUCUACGUUCGCGCAGUUGAUGUUCUACAGGUUGCUGUCCAACAGGUUGCUGUCGUGGAGGACUGUUUACAGGAUCGCUUGUGCGCAGACUCCGUUCUCUGUCUCUUGUGCUGCGUUCUGCGCAUGUCAACGUGUGAGUCAAGCGGAAUCGCUCACAAGCUCGUUCACACACUUCACAGCCCAGCGCACAAUACAAUUUAUCCAAAGAUGUUAUGUCUCCGACAAUUUUAUUCAACUCGAUCUUCAAAUAAUAUACCAAUAGAGAUGAACCAUUCAUCCAGAACAGCACGUGAUCACGAGCAAGGUAUAAAGCUCCAGAUGUCUUAAGAAGAUGUUAGCGGAUAAGAGGACCGGAGCAGGAUCUCAGCCUCAUGAAACCCAGCUUGUGACACCUGUCUGAGACAGACAUCCUCUACGCUCCCGAGUGUGGACAAUAUGCUAUCACUGGAUUAUCAUAUGUAUCAGGCUAAAACUGAGCCUACUGUUGAUACAACCUGUGCUUCCCCUACGGACAACAACACAGUCGCAACCAGGCUCAAAAACAAUGACCUCAACACAGAGAACCCUGUCACUGACACACAUUUUAAUCCUAACUCUGACACAGACACUAUGGCUGUUCCAGUUUCAGAUAUGAGAGUUACCAAAGAGGCUGAUCCCAAUGCAGUCAAGAGACAGCGGACCAGACAGGAAGAUGAGGAGUCGUGCCCACCUUCUAGUAUGCCGCCGGGCUGGGUGAGAGUAGUGAGACGGAGGAAAAGUGGGAAGACUGCAGGCAAAAUGGACAUCUAUAUAACAAGUCCCCAGGGACAGAGGUUCCGGUCCAGGGCGUCUCUUCAAGCUUUCCUUCUCAGAGAUGCAGGAGGGGAUCUACAGAUAGAUGACUUUGACUUCACCAAAGCCAAGAGUGGCAGUGUAGCUGUGACUCCGCUGCCAAGCCAGGAGAGACAGAGGAAAGUUCAUCAGAAACACACACGUCAUAUCUCAGAGGCCAAUAUUAAAGAAGACCGGCAGAACACAGAGGAGAAUAUGGAAGAGGGUAGAAUAUUAAGCCUGCCUCCAAAUAACACAAAAAUAGCCAAUUCCGCAAAAUCCUGCAAGCAGAGGACCAGACCCAGAGACAAGAGAACGAUAAUAACUCAUCUGAGGCCUGACAUGCCUCACCUGGCAAGGGGGAAUCACAGACCGGCAGCUGGGAGAGGCACAGAAACGGGCCAACCAUCAGACACAAAUGAAGACAUCAAAGAGACAAACAUACAAGCCUCUGUGAGAAGGGGUGAGGAUGAUGAGACUGAGAGGCGUCUGAAGGCGGUAGUUGACGAUGUCAUACUGGAGAAGAGCCCCCAGAGGAGGCCGGGGCUGCUGAGAGAAAAGCUGCUCAGGCUGGCCCCGCCCACUGAUCUACAAGAUGCUCUCAUUGGUCAAGAAGAUCAACUUCCUGUGUCACUGUUACUUGUCCCAGUCCUUAGGGUGCAGUCUGCUUCUGAGAGCGAGGGGGAGGCUGAGGGUGUGGGAGUGGGGGAGACUGAGGGAGUGGAGAAUAUAGAGGCAGAGGUGCAUGACGAAGAGCUGCCAUCUCCCCAGACCACUGGAGAGCGCUGUACACCACUGAAAGAUUCCCAGAGCAAACUGUUAGGAGAGAAACGGAAGACCAGUCCUUAUUUCAGCCGGAAGUCAAUGAGAGAUGGUCUAAGCCCUCCCAGGAGGAAAGCCUUAAGGAAGUGGACCCCUCCUCGCUCCCCCUUCCACCUGGUGCAGGAGACCCUUUUCCACGACCCUUGGAAACUCCUGGUAGCCACCGUGUUCCUCAACAAAACCAGCGGUAAAAUGGCCAUCCCGGUGUUGUGGCAGUUCUUUAAGCUUUACCCAUCAGCGGAGGAGACCAGGGGGGCAGAGUGGAAGCCCCUGUCUGUGCUGCUGAGAUCUUUGGGCCUGUAUGAACUGCGAGCCAAAAUCAUCAUCAGGUUCUCUGAUGAAUACCUGACCAAGCAGUGGCGCUACCCUAUAGAGCUGCAUGGGAUUGGGAAGUAUGGCAAUGACUCCUACAGGAUCUUCUGUGUAGAGGAGUGGAGACAGGUUGAACCCCAGGACCACAUGCUGAACAAGUACCAUGCUUGGCUGUGGGAGAACCAUGAGAGGAGAGCACCAGUGCAUUUAGCUACGCUAGGCUCCAGCUUUAUUCUCUGUCUGCACACGAGUAACCUGAUUCCCAGGGCAACCGUUGCCACCGCAAAACACCCAAUAUCAGUAGUAAGAAGCGAGCUUAGUGUAAAAGUUAAGACAGAGCCUUUAGAAGUUUUUCAAUGCACAAGGACCGGACUCCACUGCUGGGGAAACACAAGGCACAGCCCUGUCUACGGAAUGAAACUUCCUGCUGUUUGCUUGAAUUCCACAACUCUGUCUAUUCCUCGAUCCACACCUGUCCGCCAAAGUCGCUACCUUAUGGUCACUCCCCUGACAUUGCCCAUCAUCAUCUCACCUGCCUCGGCAGCACUGCCAGUCAGCCAGUCUGUCCCCAGACUGGACCCCCUCCAUCCUCCUCUGGCCCAUAGACGGACUGUCAGCCUGGAGACCCCUGCUGUGCAUCACCACAACCACCAGAGGGCACUGGUUAUGCAGAGAAAGGAGCACUAUAGGUAUCACCAGGUGUGGCGGAAGCCAUUCUACGGAUCCUGCACUGAAAGAGAGGAGUACAGAUCGGAGGUACGUCAGCAGCUGAAGAGGCAGAUGGAGGAGAAGAGGGCGGGGCUGAUGCUGAAGUUGACCAGUAAGGCAGAGGAGGCUGAGUUUUUACAGGAAGUGGAUCGCUUGGCUCUGUCCAGUGAGAAACAGCAGAGGAUCCAGCACAGCAGAGCGAUGAGCCACUACAGAGAUGAGAACAAGAAGCUGAUGGAGCAGAGCUGGAUGGACAGGGCACUGAUUCGCUCUCAGGAGGCCCUGAUGGAGAGAGAACUGCUACGCCACAACCCCAUUAAUUGGAGCGGCACACUGAAAUAGAAGCGCACACCUCUGUUCACACAUUUCUCUUUUUCCAUAGCUAGCUUUAUAGGGGACUUCACUAUUUUUAGGGUUAGGGUUAUUUAAUUAGGCAAGUCAGUUAAACAAAUUCUUAUUUACAAUGACGGCCUACCCCAGCCAAACCCUAACGACGCUGGGCCAAUUGUGUGCCGCCCUAUGGGACUCCCAUUCACGGCCAGUUGUGAUACUGGCUGGAAUCGAACCAGGGUCUGUAGUGACACUUCUAGAUGCAUGUAGUAGCUCCUGAGUGGCGCAGCGGUCUGUUUUCUUGAAUGGCUUUCAUCUAUCGCCUCCAUGCAACAGCAGUGUUUUAGUAAGGUCUUCAGCAAUGAGCAGCAGUAGUUCAAAUUAAAUUGCUUUUAGUUCAUUUCAACAUGUCAAAUAAAAAUGGUGAAAGGAUAUUGUAAAGAAAAUAGCACUCUGGGGGGGA